AUCGACUUCGUCAAAUCAGAGUAUGAGCUGGACCUCAUCAUUCUGACGUCAUUUUCACCCCGCUGUGGGGGGACUAAUCCCAGCCAUCAUGCCAACCCCCUCCUCUCAUUUUCCAACUCCUCCGGCGGGGCGCCGGAAGCCAGUCCAUGUGCCGGCUACUAUUCGUCUUCAGGGGUUGCCGCUGAUUUCCUGCACACGCCAGCGGGUAAACACGUGAUCACAUGCUGGCACCAGUUCUGCAGUGGAAAUGCCAUGUACAACACCAGUCAUAGCCAAACUGCACUCAAAAGCGCAUUCAAAGAGGAAGAAAGUCAACCCGUGAGCUUAAUUUUGCCAGUGCAAGUGAGGCCUAACAGUGUGUCCCCUUCAUCCUCAAUCGAAAGUGGAGAGUCUUUAGAUUCUAAUGAAAACAUGGUACCCUCCCACUCCUCGCGGAAACGCCCAAAGAACUUCCUCGUUAAUUCCUUGAUGACCGCUACCAAUCAAAUGACAAAACGCCGAAGAGCAUCUAUCAGCCAAUCAGAUUCGCUCAAGUCUUCCGAAGGUGCAUCGCCAAUGACGUCAUCAAGAUCCGACAGACGAGCUACUUCAGUCGUCAGCCAAUCAGAUUCGACCACUGCCAGGCCCUGUGAAUUGACGUCUCAAAAUAAUGUUUUCGAGAACUUGAACGAAUCUGGUGACAAUCAAGUGCUAGAUUUGUCAACUAACAAUACGCCGACAACUCCGCCGCCUGAGUUAGAGCACCCGUCCGAUGCUUUCGGACUACUCGCCGCGAUAAAAGAAGAGGAAAACAUGAUAUCACCCGACAAGCUAAAACGACAUCGCGACACGACACUAACUGACAACACGGCGAAUGAGUUGGACUCGGCGCGGCUUCCCAAGUCUGAAAUCGAUGAACUGUUGUCAGCGAGUCGACCAGCAGGUGAAUCAGUCAGUCCUCCGAGAACUAGGGACGAGCUCAAAAACUUCAUCAGAGCACAUGGGCCUAUUAAGAAACGAAGUGCGUCUCUGACUUCGGACAGCGAUUGCUACAGACGACAAUCAUUCACCACUUCUUCCCUCGUCAGAGACGACCCCGACUUCCUCGCUUCGUCUUCGGGACUGGCAACAACCUCGGCGUCGGAUCUCGGCGACUCCUCAAAGCAGUCGACUGUCGCCGGAACCCUGAUGUCAUCGACUCCUCCGAGUUCUGAUUCGGCUGGCGUUUCCGACAGUGAUGCGUUGUGGUCCUGUCCGAAGUGUAGUAAAGUGAUGAAGAAAAAGUGUAGCUACAGGCACAUCAAAGAAGUGCAUGGCGCCAAUAGAGAAAUCGUACAAUGUCCUGUUUGCUACAGGUCGUUCACGCGGAAGUACACUCUAGUUCUGCACUGUCGAAACGUGCACCCUCACUUAGAAGUCACAAACGCCACUGAGUUUCCAACUCGACCGGUCGAGGAAAUUCAGCGCGAACAAAUGAACAAAAAACAACACAGAACCAGUCGCCUCAAAUCCGAGUCACGAGACGAUGUCGAGACUCCCGACUCUGCGUUCUCAGGAAGUGAGAUCUCGUCCGGAAAUCUUUCGCGUAAUAGCGGAACUCCAAAUGAGUUGCUGGAAUCUCACCAAGCUGGUACAUCUGGCUCUGGAGGUUCCAGUUCCUUGCAUCGAUCAACAUCCGAAGCGCAAUUGUUACUUAACAAACAUUUAACCAUGCUUGCUAAAUCUCCCAACACAGCGCAACAGUUACUUGGAGCUUUGAAGCAAGAGCAGCAAAUUCUGACAUCGCUCAAAAAAAGUCCUCAAAGGGCAUCACUGGGGAUCGAUCCUUCUACCAGUAUCGAUUUCGGUACCAGACAAUCUCCGCUGCACCAGGAAACGAGUCGGGCGUUUGUCGAACAGGGACUUCUAAACCCUCACUUUAAUUCUCUAGAAUUGAGUCUGAAAUUGGCACAAUUAGAGCGAAAUCAACAGAUGCAGCUUGAAUUUUUAGCAAACAGUUCUGAAAACAAUUGAGCAUCAUGAAAGCUUACAGCUAAAACUUAUAGUUUUGUUUUGCUUACAAAAAAGCAGAGAUGUUUAUUUUUGUGGUUUUACGUUCUGAAAGGUGGUUUUGUACUUAACCGUAUUUCUAAAUUAUUGGUCAAAUUAUAGAUAUUUUGACCCAGAAACUAUUUAUUCUAGAUUAAUGAUUUUUCAACCUUGUGUUCGCAAUUUUGUACGUUGAUCUAAUUUUGUGUCUUAGUUUAACUUCUGUGAAGUGCUGAACAAUUAUCAAUCGUAUGCUUUAUCUUUAAAAUGAUGAGCCUUAAAGCGUCAAAGAUGUUACAAUCAUUCUUACUUACUUCUCUUCUCUUGGAUUCCUCUACUUAUCUUUGUUUCAAUUUUGUCAAAUGUUUCUUUGUAUUUAAUUUUAGUAUCUUUUUCCUUGCGCUCCUUUCUCGAAGCUAAAAAGAUUUCAAGAGGAAAUGUUUCUGGUAGCUUGCGUGCACAAGGCUCUCAGUCAC